CAGCUCGAACUUCAUCUUUGUCUCCAAUUUCGGAAUUGACUUGCGCGUUUACAAUUCGACUUCUUUUCAGUCAGAUCUACUAGCGUUCCCAACAUGUCUGGUUGUGGUAAUUCAUCAUGCUCGUGUGGGGCGUCUUGCAGCUGCAAUGGGUGCAGCUGCAAGAGAUCCCUCGAUACCUUCCCAACGGCUAUUAACAUGGAGGGAUUUGAGAAUGAAGGAUGCAAGUGCGGAGACAGUUGCAAUUGCAAUCCUUGCAACUGCAAAUGAACACAAUUCGUAAAGAAUAUGUGAUCCGUUACUUCUGCGCAGGAUGCGUUGACGGGGAAUAAGCAGACGGCGUCUGUCUAAAGCUUCUCAUUGAGAUAGCUAAGGAUUCACUGUGGGAGACGUAUUUUUCCACUCGUCUUAUA